AUGAGUUCCCCAAAUUCUGUCGCUACCGCCAUUCUCGCAAACACCGGACAAUCGCGGAACGAUGGCCUCGGUAUAGAAACUCCCCUAACAUCACGGUCACUCCUCAGCGUCAGCAUCGGCAACGCAACCGAAUCCAUGGCUUCAUCCAUGAUCAGCCCUCGAACUCGAGGCCGGUGGGACCGAAGAACAAGCGACGUCGAAUCCGGCUUGCACAGUCCUACAGCAGCGCGACCACCAUCCUCAUGGCUCACUGAGACGGACGACGAAGGCUCAGUCCGCUCAGAACUCGACACCCGCCCCUUUCCAUCCUUCGGACGAAAUUCGUCAAUAGCGCCUGACUCAUCCUUCUACAGCCAAAUCGGACGGUUUCAGGGUGUCCGGAACAGCGUCUCUCUUGCCCAGCCAUGGCGAAGACGAAAAGAUUCUACGACGACGGGGUCCUACACAACGACAACCGAUAGCGAGGAGGACGAGGACGGGGACGCGUCAACCAUGCAUGGUAGCCGGCACGAACAACAUCAACAACAACAACAACAAGAACAAGAACAAGAACAAGAUGCCGCCGUCGAUCUUUUCUCCCAGCACCAGUUCAUCAUGCCCAAGCCUGACGAGACAACACCCCUAAUAGCAGCCGAUGAUGUCGAAAAUAACUUGUGUUUUGCUGGUGGUUAUGAUGAGGCCGCCUGCGUCAGGUGA